UUUUAUUACUCCGGUCGUCCGCCGCCUCCGCUGUGCAAAACCCGCACGGCGCCGGAGGAUCCUCGGAAGGCUUGGGAAGCAAGAAGGGGAAGCCGGCAUGGACUCCUUCUCGUCGCCGUCGAUGUCGUCGUCUGGGUCCUCCGCCAACCCGGAGGUGCUUAUGGACCAGAUCAAGGCGCAGCUCGCCCAGGCGUACGCCCAGGAGUUCCUUGAGACUGUUGGGAACAAGUGCUUUGCCAAGUGUGUGACCAAGCCAGGAUCAAGCUUGAGCGGGAGCGAGAGCAAUUGCAUAUCACGCUGCGUUGACCGUUACAUCGAGGCAACCGGUAUUGUCAGCCGAGCUUUGUUCAGUUCCACACGCUGAGUGAAGAUGUAACCCUGGGUUGCUGGCUUAAAAUCAAAAUGGGGGAAAUUUGUUCUCCAGACUUUUUUAUUUUUUUUGUCUCUCUGAACUAUGAGAAAGAGAACAAAGCUUCAUCAAUCAAGUGGCAAAUAUUAGCUAAGCUGGCUUUUCAGCUGUUAAAAGCGGCAAAUUCUGCCUUGCAGUUUGCCUCUGUAGCUACUGCAAGUUUAAACUGGUAUGCGUACGAUUUAACCAUCUGUUUUAUUUUAUGUACGAUUUAAUUAAUAUCACUUAACUAGUAAAAUU